CUGGUAACCCCGGGUGGACCAUAUAAGCGAUGGCCGGGACAGAGAGUGUUGACUUGAACCAGCCAUGAAGACCCUAGUUCUCUGCCUGCUCCUUGCCGCCGGGGCGCUCGCCUCACCCUCGUCCAAUGUUAAGCGUCAUGCCACAGGUAACGUCAAGAUCGUUGGUGGUAAUGACACCAUGCCUGGCGAGUUUCCCUACAUGUUAGAAUUUCUGGACCUCGCUUACGGCCCAGGAUUUCUUCUCUGUGGUGCAGUCAUCUAUAAUGAAAACUGGGCCAUCACCGGUGGUCAGUGUGUCUACGGGCAAGACUUGGAAAAUCCUCAGUAUCUCCGCGUUGUGGCUGGCGAGCACGAUGUGACUGUGGACGAAGGCACCGAGCAGACUGUUGCACUGAAGAGGAUCAUCCUGCACGAGAAUUACAACGGAUUCUAUUUGUACAACGACAUAGCCCUUCUUGAGCUGGCUGAGCCCCUCGAGUUUAACGCCUAUGUCUCGACUAUUGCGCUUCCGGAGCAGGAUCAGCAAUCCUCUGGAGAUUGCGUUGCCACAGGCUUUGGCACCUUGUCAGAGGGAGGCUAUUACGCCAGUAUUUUGCAAAAGGUGACUCUCCCUAUCGUGUCGGACGAAGAAUGCCGCGCCGUCUAUGGUGAAGAUACGGUUCAGGAUAACAUGCUUUGCGCUGGUGUUAAGGAGGGAGGUAAAGACGCUUGUGCAGCAGACGCUGGCGGACCACUGGCGUGUGAAAACGAAGGCUCCCGCUACCUGGCUGGUCUCGUGUCCUGGGGAACUGGAUGUGCCCGUCCAAACUUCCCUGGAGUGUACACUGAGAUAUCUUACUUCGUUGACUGGAUUAAAGAAAACGCGGUAUAAAUGGUCACUCAGAGAGUAUUAUAAUAUUGAAUCUGCAUCAAUAAAAUUUUGAAGAAAAAAUCGGUGUUUUAUGUCCUUAUCAUGCACACUGAAACGUGGAAACUGCUAGCACUGAUGUUAAAUUGAAUAAUAAAACAAUUAAAAGUGAUGGUUAUUGGAGUAGUAAUAUUCACAUUUACACCACCUAUUGCACAACUGUUACUCUGACCUAUUGAUCACAUGAUUUAUGAUUAUGUAAUGUAUAAACGGCUUUAACCAAAUAUAAUAGCUUUCUCCAUAA